AUGGAUGAUCCUGAAUGUCAUAAAAUAACUAUUCCUACCCCAACACCUAAAGAAGAAAGUAAAGGUUUAGGUGGUGGUGCUAUCGCUGGCAUUGUUAUUGGUGUUAUUGCAGCAAUUGUUAUUAUUGCGGUUCUUGUUUGGCUCUUCGUUUUUAGAAAGAAGUCUUCAGCAACUCAACCAGAGCCCUAA